CUGCAGGUCUACGCGGAGGCGCUCCACUACAACGUGACCCCGCUGGUGAAACAUCUGGAGGAAACCCCCCAGAUGUUCGGGGAGCUGGUGGGGAGGCAGCAGUUCCUGUCCAGAGUCCCCCGAUACAAAGAGAACAUCCAGGUCCUGAUCCGGGUGGCGCGGGCGGAGGCGGUGGCGGCGCGGAGCUCCUCCGUGCUUAUCUGCGUUCUGCGGACGGAGGAGGAGGAGCGGGGGCUCUGCCACGGCGCCGGGCGGGAGGCGGCGGUGACCUUUGGCCCCUGGACGGCGCCGCCAUCGGCCGCUGACCUGCUGGACUGCGUGCGGAUGGACAUCCAGAGCCGCGGGUACACGGUCAGCCUGGAGCCACACCCCCCCGGUGGGGGCCCGUUCUCCAGGAGCUGCCCCUGCUUCCACACACUCACCUUCACCUGGUGGUGA